CCGUGUAGUAUACGCGCAAAUACAAUGUGGACACAGAGACGGCUCCUGCUCCGUCCGCUCCAAACGGCAAACAGAACUUCGCCUUCGUUUCUUCCCUCUUUUCUCUCCCUUUCCCUUCUUUCUUUGCUUCUCAUUUAUUUCCAUUUACUUUCUGUUUCGAUUGCCAACGUUUCUUUUGAAACCCAGGACCCCAUUCUACGUCCUUUUCCUUCUCCCUUAAUUUUCUGAGACACCCACAUUUCUAUUUUGGUUCUUUCUGUCAUUUUCUUACAAUUUCAUUCGUCAACGGGACUUCUAAUCAAUUUCUGUAUAUUACACCACAACUCCAUCAUUUAAGUUAACUCAUCGAGUUACUUUCCCAUAAUAUAACGAAAGAUAGAGCAAUUUCCCAAAUGCUCAGUUUUGGUAGGGCGAGAAAUCAAUCAAGGUUUGGUAGAUCUGUGUCAUUUGGAGGUAUGGAGUAUCCAGAUCCCAAACGAAAGAGCAAUUUUGUAGGAAAGAUCGUUUUGGCUGCUUCACUUACAGCAAUUUGUAUUAUUAUGCUUAAGCAAUCCCCAAAUUUUAGCACUCCAACCCCGUUUGCAAAUCAUCAACCAGGAGUCACUCAUGUUCUGGUAACAGGAGGUGCGGGAUAUAUCGGUUCACAUGCUGCUCUUCGACUAUUAAAGGACUCGUACCGUGUAACAAUAGUGGACAAUCUAUCACGAGGAAAUCUUGGUGCUGUAAAGGUUUUGCAAGAACUGUUUCCAGACUAUGGAAGGCUUCAAUUCAUAUAUGCUGACCUAGGAGAUGCAAAAGCUGUUGAUAAAAUAUUUUCAGAGAAUGCUUUUGAUGCAGUCAUGCAUUUUGCAGCAGUCGCAUACGUCGGGGAAAGCACACUUGAUCCGCUGAAGUAUUAUCACAAUAUUACUUCAAAUACCUUGACAGUAUUAGAAUCAAUGGCAGCUCAUGGUGUGAAGACAUUGAUAUAUUCUAGUACAUGUGCCACAUAUGGAGAGCCAGAGAAAAUGCCGAUUACCGAAGAAACUCCUCAGGCCCCAAUUAAUCCUUAUGGAAAGGCCAAGAAGAUGGCAGAAGAAAUCAUCCUUGAUUUUUCAAAAAAUUCAAAUAUGGCAGUCAUGAUCUUAAGAUAUUUCAAUGUGAUUGGUUCUGAUCCAGAGGGCAGAUUAGGGGAAGCUCCUAGACCCGAGCUUCGCGAGCAUGGACGUAUUUCGGGUGCUUGUUUUGAUGCUGCCCGUGGCAUUAUUUCUGGGCUUAACGUCAAAGGAACAGACUAUAAAACGCAUGACGGCACCUGCAUACGUGAUUAUAUCGACGUCACUGAUCUCGUGGACGCUCAUGUAAAAGCUCUGGAGAAAGCAACCCCUGGCAAAGUCGGAAUCUAUAAUGUCGGGACGGGAAAAGGUCGAUCAGUGAAGGAGUUCGUGGAGGCAUGCAAGAAGGCAACCGGGGUGGACAUCAAAGUCGACUAUCUCCCUCGUCGACCGGGUGACUACGCCGAAGUAUUCAGCAACCCAACUAAAAUAAAGAACGAACUGAACUGGACAGCACAACACACCGAACUUCAAGAAAGUUUACAGGUAGCGUGGAGGUGGCAAAAGUCGCAUCUCAAUGGCUAUGGGAACUCUUUGGUCAUGUCAUCUUGAAGCACAUUGAUGAUAGCAGAGAGGAAGAUCAUUUGUGGUACUGACUUGAGGAUUACUUGUUUGCUCACAUAGAAGUAGGAGAAUACCAUUACCAUCUUCAUUUUUGUAACAUCUCCUUUAUAUUACAUUAUUGUUUGUGGUAUAUGUAGCCAUUCCAUUUGUUAUUAUGUAUUGGAUAUGAAAUUGGUUAUUAAUAAUCAAUGCCUGAGUCAUAGAGGGGGUAGCAUCUCUUGGAUCAUUGUCCUUUA